AUGGAGUCUCGCUGCCAGCUUUGGCCGUGGGCAUUAUUUGUCCUGCUGGCUGCCCCACAGCUGCUGGAUGCACAGCAAGCCUGUUCCCAGGGAGCCUGCUACCCCCCUUCUGGAGACCUGCUGCUGGGACGAGCCCACCACCUGACAGCCUCCUCCACCUGCGGCCUCAGCAGGCCUGAGACGUACUGCACACCCCAUGGAGAGUGGAGCAUGAAAUGCUGCAGGUGUGACUCCCGUUUGCCACACACCUACAACGGCCACCGGGUGGCCAAUGUCCUGUCCUCGGCCGGACACGCGCGCUGGUGGCAAUCCCAGAACGGUGCCGAGCGCGUUUCUCUGCAGCUGGACCUGGACCAGACCUUCCAGCUGGGCAGUGUUGUGCUGCUCUUCAGGUCUCCUCUUCCCGCUGCGAUGCUGAUUGAGCGCUCCACCGACCACGGCAGGACCUGGCAGGUGUACCAGUACCUGGCCUCUGACUGUGCCACCGCCUUCCCCCACGUGCCACGGGGCUCCCCCGAGAGCUGGCAGGACACUCGGUGCCAGCCCCUGCAGGGGCACCCCAUGCAGGGGGGCAAGGUGACAUUCAGUGUCCAAGACCUGGCAUCUACAAUCAGCACCUCCUACAGCCAGGCUGUUGAUAAGCUGGGGCGGUUCACGAACCUGCGGAUCAACUUCACGGGGCUGCCGCACAUCCCACGCCAGGGGUACCACUCCCCCAGCACCUUCUACGCCGUGACAGAGAUGAGGGUGAUGGGGAGCUGCUUCUGCCACGGACACGCCGACCGCUGUGCCCCUUCUGGAGGCCAGCACCCCACGGUCCAUGGGCACUGUGUGUGCCAGCACAACACGGCCGGUCCCCACUGCGAGCGCUGCGCCGACCUCUACAACGCCCGGCCCUGGGCACCCGCCGAGGACCACGAUCCCCACGAGUGCCAGAGGUGCGACUGCAAUGGUCACUCGGCCUCGUGCCACUUCGACCCCGAGCUGUACCGGGCCACUGGAGGGGCCAGCGGGGGGGUGUGUGACGACUGCCAGCACAACACUGAAGGCAACAACUGUGAGCGCUGCAAACCCAACUAUUUCCGCAACCAGCAGCAGGAUCUCACCCACCCUGAAGCCUGUCUGCCCUGUGAGUGUGACCCCGAUGGCACCGUGCCGGGCUCUGCCUGUGACCCGCUGACAGGGCGCUGUGUCUGCAAGGAGAACGUGCAGGGGGAUCGCUGCCACCUCUGCAAACCAGGCUUCACCCAGCUGGCCAACCCCAACCCCUUGGGGUGCCGCAGAUGCACCUGCAACGCUCUGGGAACACGGCAGGACGUGCCCUGUGAUGAUGAGACCGGGAGGUGCUUCUGUUUGCCCAACGUGGUGGGCAACGACUGCGACCAGUGCGCGGCCGAGCACUGGGACAUGGGCAGCGGGCAGGGCUGCCGGCCCUGUGACUGCCACCCCCGCGGCUCCCACAGCCCCCACUGCAACCAGUUCUCAGGGCAGUGUCCGUGCAGAGAAGGGUUCACAGGACGGACGUGCUCGGCCAUGCAGGAGCAGCUGUGCCCAGACAGGCACUACAGAGACGCCCGGGGGGGCUGCACAGAGUGCGACUGCGACUUCCAGGGCACGGAGAGGGCGGGCUGUGACAAGGCCACGGGGCAGUGCCUCUGCCGCCCGGGGGUCACCGGCCACCGCUGCGACCAGUGCCAGCGGGGCCACUGCAGCACCUACCCCGAGUGCCAGCUGUGCCACCCCUGCUUCCAGACCCACGACGGGGACAUCCAGCGCCUGCGCCUGCGCCAGGCCGGGCUCGGCAACUCCACCUCCCGGCUGCCCGUCGGGAGCGGGGGGUCCCACCUCGGCCCCCGCCUCGCCCAGGCCGAGGGGAACGUGCAGCAGGCACAGGGAAUCCUUGGCCACUCCUCUGUGACAGAGCAGGGCCUGGCCCAGGUGGGCAACACGCUGGCUGCCGUCAGAGAGCAGCUGCGAGGCAUCAAUCCUGACUUUCGUUUUCUGGAUGACACCGCCUCCCUCUCGAGGGAGCUGGAAGCCCUCAACAGCAGCUUGCUGCUCACUAACUCCCAGUAUCAGAGCAAGAAGACCCAGUUUGAAACCAGCCUCAGCACAGACCUGUCAGGAGCCUUCAAGACCAUCCGAUCUGCUUACCAGACCUCCAGCAAUGCCAGCAGACUGGUCACCAGUGCCUCUGGGCUGCUGGCUGAGGCCCGGGAGAGCCGCAGGAGCGCCGAGGGGCUGGAGGGGGGGCUUGAAGGGACCACCUCCAGGCUGCUGACCCUGCAGGGAGAGAUGGCCUCAUCCCCCAACCUGACCCCUGUCAUAAACAAGGUUUGUGGUGGGUUCCGAGUGCAGACCUGCACACCCACUCACUGCGAGGGGCUGCUCUGCCCACGGGACAACAGCUCUGCCUGCAGACCUGGCCAGCCCUGCCAUGGCAUCUUCCCUCUGGCCAGUGGGGCCCUGGCUGCAGCUGGGGAAGCAUCCAGGGAAUUCGGCAGCCUGAGCACCCGGCUCCGCGAGACGGCACAGCUGAUUAAAACAACAGAGAUGUCUGCAAGCCAGAUCCAGAGCAACGCUCGGCGCCUGGUGGAGCAGCUGGGUGUGACCAGGACCCAGAUGGAAGGGGACGUGCGGCGCAUCCGGCAGUUCAUCCAGAGGGUUCGAGACUUCUUGUCAGACAAGGACACGGAUCCUGCUGCUAUCCAGGAAAUCAGUGAGUCAGUUCUCUCCCUGCGUCUCCCCACGGAUGCUGCUGCAGUCCUGAGAAAAAUGACCGAGAUCCAGAAGUUGGCCACUCAGCUGCAGUGCCCCGAGGACAUCCUUGCCCAGACAGCUGAGGACAUUGCCAAGGCCAAGCAGCUUCAGCAGGAGGCAGAACAGGCCAGGAACCGGGCAAAUGCUGUGGAGGGCAGCGUGGAGGAGGUGGUGGGGAACCUGCAGCAGGCAAACACGAUGCUCCUGGAGGCCCAGGGAGCCAUCAGGGGCUCCGGCUCUUCCCUUCGCUUCAUCCGGGAGCGCGUUGAUGAGAUCGAGGCAGUCCUCGGCCCAGCCCAGAAGAACGUGGCUGCCAUCGGGGCGCAGCUGGACGGGCUGGGGGAGCGGCUGGAGCGGCUGCAGCGCGGGGCCGACCAGAACCGCCUGCGCGCCACGGACACGCGGGACACGGCCGAGACAGCGGGGCAGCAGGCCAGGAGUGCCCAGCAGGCUUUUGAACAAGUGAAGCAAAUGUACUCUGAGCUGAAGAGCAGGAUGGAGCAGAGCCCAGCACUGGGAGAGCAGGGCAGCAGAGUGCAGAGCAUAGGCCAGGAGGCACGGGCUCUGUUUGAGGAAACCUUGGGCAUCAUGCUCAGGAUGGAAACUUUAGAGACAGAAAUCCAGGACAGCAACAAGGCUUUGAUGUCCAAGUGGUCCAGGCUGUCGGGGCUGGAGGACCAGGUGACAAAGAUCCGAAAUGCCAUCAAAAAGAAAGUCUCAUACUACGAUAGCUGCUCCUGAGAGAGCCACCACACCCCAGAGGCACUGCCUGCCUCCUCUGCAGACACUGACUGCUCUAUUUAUUCCCAUUUUCCGGCUCAGUAUCUCUAUUUUUAGCAAAUUAAGUUUCUGUACCUCUGGAAAAGAGCUGCACUGAACCAAAGGAGCAACCCCAUGGAGAAGGUUGGAUUGGCUGAAGCUGCCCAGUGGUUGGAGGAAAAAAGGGGGAGAGACAUCAGUCUCCUGUGACAAAUAAAAACAUCCCCAAGUGGUUAUUUCCAGAUGGGUUUAUAAACCAAGCAAUGUUUUUUCUUGUUUUAGCCAGUUCAAGCUCUUUAGGCUGAAUGUCACUGUUCAAAUUAAAACUGCCAUGUGGGGUCUUUUUAAAGCAUGUUUUUCCUUUUAAUCCUUCAAACUUGCCAUGGCUCCAGCGCUUCCA